AUGCCGGGCUUCAAGCUGCCCGCCAUCGACCAGAAUGACGAGGACUGGGGCCCCACCACCGUGCCGGAGGCAUUCCGCGAUGUCCCAUUCAUGCCAUACAGCAAGGGCGACCGCCUGGGCCGCAUCGCCGACUUCAGCCAGCAGGCCAGCCAGCGUGGAUACCAGGGGCGGUACCGUGACCGCGAAAUUCUGCCGGGCAUGGCGGUCUUCAACUUCGAGAAGGGCGAGGAGGACGAGGCCUUCGAGCUGGUGGACACGCGUGUGGUGACCUACUCCAGCUCGGUGGACAUCCGGCCGGAGUGGCGCGUGCUGGGCGACGCGGUGCCCUUCACCUCCCUGCACAAGAUGAGCAGCCGGGGCCACGUCUUCGCCACCGACGAGCUGGUGGCCACGCUGAUGGCCAGCCCGCGGUCGGUGUACCCCUGGGACAUGGUGGUCACGCGCCGCGGCGACCUGCUCUUCCUGGACAAGCGGCCCGGGAGCAGCCUGGACUACGUGACCAACGGCGAGACCAGCCCCGACCCCAUCCCCGAGGACCGCAAGCUGCUGGACGGGCUGCAGCAGCUCAGCGCGGAGGCCACGGCCGUGCACGCCGCCUUCCGCGCUCAGGCGUACCGCUACCGGCGCUGGGCGCUGGGCGACAUCGACCUGGUGGUGCGCUGCGGCGUGGACGGCGCGCUGGGCAGCACCGAGGGCGGCGCCGCGGCCGCGGCCGCCCCCGCCCUGCUCGCCGUGCACGCCUUCAACGAGUUCGACCCCAAGUGGUCGGGCAUCGACUGGCGGAGCAAGCUGGAGAACCAGCGCGGCGCGGCGCUGGCCACCGAGCUGAAGAACAACGCGGCCAAGGUGGCCAAGUGGACCGCCGCCGCGCUGAUGGCGGGCGUGGACGUGAUCAAGCUGGGCUACGUCACGCGCGCCAGCCCUAAGUCCAGCGAGGCCCACCUGCUGCUGGGCACGCAGUCGGUCAAGCCCGCCGACUUUGCCGCGCAGAUGAACCUGAGCAUGGACAACGCGUGGGGUAUCGUGCGCGCCCUGCUGGAGCUCUGCUACGACACCAUGGAGGAGGAUGGCACGUACCUGCUGGUGCGGGACCCCAACAAGCCCCAGCUGCGGCUCUACGCCGUGCCCACCGAGGCCUCCAGGGCCAAGGCCGAGGCCAAGAAGGAGGCGGCGGAGGCAGAGGCGCCAGAGGCCGCCGCGGCGCCGGAGACGCCCGAGGAGGAGUGA